CUUCCGAGGAGACCCGAUCCCCUCCCUCUGCGCACCGCCGGCCAGAACGAGCCUCCCGGGCGCCCUGGUCCUCGGCCCCGCGCAGGGGCAGGUGCGGCACCCCACCUCUCUCGCCCCGGGCGCAUCGCGCGGGGCGGCCAUGGCGCGAGGAGACAUCCCGCAGGACAGCUACCACCUGGUCGGGGUCAGCUUCUUUAUCCUUGGGCUGGGCACGCUCCUUCCCUGGAACUUCUUCAUCACGGCCAUCCCGUACUUCCAGGGGCGGCUGGCGGGGGCCAACAGCACGAUUGUGACCUUGAGCACCAACCACACUGGCCCUGCAGACACCUUCAACUUCAACAACUGGGUGACGCUGCUGUCCCAGCUGCCCUUGCUGCUCUUCACACUCCUCAACUCCUUCCUGUACCAGUGCAUCCCGGAGACGGUGCGGAUUCUGGGCAGCCUGCUGGUCAUCCUGCUGCUCUUCGCCCUGACGGCGGCGUUGGUCAAGGUGGACAUGACGCCCGGACCCUUCUUCUCCAUCACCAUGGCCUCUGUCUGGUUCAUCAACUCCUUCUGUGCAGUUCUGCAGGGCAGCCUCUUUGGACAGCUGGGCACCAUGCCCUCCACCUACAGCACCCUCUUCCUCAGCGGCCAGGGCCUGGCUGGGAUCUUUGCUGCUCUUGCCAUGCUCAUGUCCAUGGCCAGUGGCGUGGAUGCCCAGACCUCGGCCCUGGGGUACUUCAUCACACCCUGCGUGGGCAUCUUCGUGUCCAUCGUGUGUUACCUGAGCCUGCCCUACAUGGAGCUGGCCCGCUACUACCUGGCCAGGAAACCAUCACUGGCACAAGGUCAGGAGCUGGAGACCAAAGCUGAGCUCCUCCGGUCUGGUAAGGCUCACAGGCGUGACCCUGCCCUCCCUCUUGCCCCAGAUGAGAAGAACGGGAUUCCCAACAGCCCUCAGAAGGCAGCCCUGACUCUGGAACUUGACCCUGAGAAGGAGCCAGAGCUGGAGCCAGAGGAACCCCAGAAGCCAGGAAAACCUUCCGUUUUCAUUGUCUUCCGAAAGAUCUGGCUGACGGCGCUGUGCCUUGUGUUGGUCUUCACAGUCACCCUGUCUGUCUUCCCCGCCAUCACAGCCAUGGUGACCAGCUCCACCAGUCCUGGGAAGUGGAGUCAGUUCUUCAACCCCAUCUGCUGCUUCCUGCUCUUCAACAUCAUGGACUGCCUGGGCCGGAGCCUGACCUCGUACUUCAUGUGGCCGGACCAGGACAGCCGGCUGCUGCCCCUGCUGGUCUGCCUGCGCGUCCUGUUCAUUCCGCUCUUCAUGCUGUGCCACGUGCCCCAGAGGUCCCGGCUGCCCACCCUCUUCCCCCAGGACGCCUACUUCAUCACCUUCAUGAUGGUCUUCGCUGUUUCCAAUGGUUACCUGGUGUCCCUCACCAUGUGCCUGGCGCCCAGGCAGGUGCUGCCACACGAGAGGGAGGUGGCCGGCGCCCUCAUGACCUUCUUCCUGGCCCUGGGGCUGUCCUGUGGAGCCUCCCUCUCCUUCCUCUUCAAGGCGCUGCUCUGAAGGCUCCGUGGAGGGCUCUCCCAGCAGCUCUCUUCUCGCCGCCCCUUCGGAGCCGAGACCCAGGGCAGAGGAGUGGCGAGCCGGCUCAGGCUCUGCUGGGCUGGGGCCCCUUGGUCUGGAGGUGCCCGGAGGAGGCAGGUGCCGUUUCCUUCCCGGGCUUCCUCGGGGUGCUGCGAGGAAGACUUCACCACCGGUCAUGCCAACCCUCCCCCAGGGUGGAGGUGACGCUCAGAGACGGACACUAUCCAGAAGCACAGAAGCCCUCCCUGAACAGGUGGCUGUCGGGCCGAGGGCCGUGGCCCUGCCCAGCAUCGGGAGCGCAUGUAUCGUUGGUCACAGAACACAACCUUGGCCAUCGAGGGAGAUCCGAGGCCACCGCGGGGCCUCGCCGAGGGUGCGGCUGGUGUUGCCCCAGCCUCAGGUUCCGAGUGGGAGUGUGGGCCGGCCCAGGCCAGGAACUCUUCUUCUCCCCAGGCCUCAGCGACCCCGUGGUCAGGUCUCUCGGACCCCAGGACAGAGGAUGCCAGGGAAGUGGAGGGGAGCGGGGAGAGAGAGCAGAAGUGAGGGAUCUGAGGGUGCUCAAAGGACCGUCUGGGCCUCGACAGUGUUUUUGUUGCCAACACUUACUGUCUCCACCCCCAGAGCCCAGCGGGGCGGGGCCCCAGGUCUGUAGUUAGCCUGCAUGUGUGCACUGCGCUUCAGUGUGCAAAGCUCUUCCACGCCUGCUCUCUCACAGCCGCAUUGAGGCCCUUGGAGGGAGCCAGGCAGGGACUGUGCUCCCCCUUUGUACAGGUGAGGGAACCGAGUAAGUGGCCGAUUCACAGCAGAGCUGGGGCCCCCUCCUCCCUGUAGGUGCUGUUCUUCCAGCCCAGUUCCUGCUUCUCUCCCUCAAGGGGCUCAAAGCACAGCGCUGAGCACUCCCCCUUUCUGCUGUUUCUCUCUGAUCCUGCUCCUGGGUCCAAUAACAAUCUUCUUCAUUUGUAUAA